AUGGUGCUUCUCACUUCCUCAGCCGUGUCAGUUGCAAUAUCCAGCAGCGUGGUCUGCUUGUUCACAUUCCUGCUCUUCUUAUCUGGCUAUGUCCUGCAGCAACAGACUGUCAGAGCGUUGCAAGAAGCAUUACGACAACCAAGAGAACCACGACCGGUGCCUACACUACCACCACAAUUUCAGCACUUGACCAAUGAAACUACUUCCGUGACCGUUGAAGGUCGGUCAGAUGGGGUAGGCUCUAUGACAAUACCGAUAGAAGGGACGGACAAUACAAGAGAUGAUCUGAACUCCAUACAGAUCCCGGUUAUCGCUGAGGAUGCCAGUCAGAUCCCUCUUGCUGGAAGAGAAGACAUACCACCUGUCCCUCCACAGUCUGAUCAUAGUCUCGACAGGGACAGACAACCACAGCGUCUCGCCUAUAUAUUUGCACUUCUCAAGCCUUCAGACUUGUGCGCCGUUCUUCUUUUCGCCAAACAACAACGCUCCUCUUCCCAGCUAGCAAGCGAACCUUCAAUCGUUCUCCUCUAUCCAUCCACCUGGGAGACAGCGUCAUCAUCUCUUCAAUCAUCAGCCUUGAGUUAUAUGCGAGAUGUGCAAGAUCUAUACGACCUCGUCUACCAUCCGGUCCAGAUCCGCAGGGAUUGGGAUGUGAAGGCUCAGCUCCUGGGUGAGCUUCAGUGGAAACACUGGGAUUACGACCGAGCCCUGUAUCUACGAACACCGGGGCUGUUACUUGACAGCAAAAUGUUAGACAGUUCUUUGGAGACACCUGGCGCAAGAGGCCUGUGGACUCCACUCGGCCCGUCUUCCGGAGACAACCCCGACCUCCUGCUCAUAACGCCAAAGGGUUUGCGGAGUCCAAGAAAAGAGAUGACAAGGCUGGUGACGGCUGCAGCCGUGGACCAACCCGUGAGCAACGAUGACGAUCUCAAAAUCGAGAUUUCCUCCAGGGACGCAGCAUAUGUGUUGUUGGAUGAAGAGGAUCUGGGGCGUCCCGGACUUGACAACAAAUGGUAUCUCGAUCUGCUACUCCGGUUUGACCAAGGAAGGCGAUCGGUUUGUGAUGGUAGUGGACUGCUGGACUGGCCACCAAAAGCUGAUCUGAGGAGGAGUCGGUAA